UCCAGUUCUCCGCGGAGAGUUCUGGAGGGAUGCGGCGGGCGGUUCGACCUAAAGCGGGACAGCAGUUCAACAGGACGGCUUGAGCUGUGACUUUUUCCCGCUCUGCCGCUUUUCUCAAAUUAACAUUUCACCAAACUCGGCAUGGUGACGGGAGGUCCGCUAGUUUCCCCCCACUCCGUCCCAGCCAGCUGCUGAGCUGCGUCGAACCAAGGCGGCCGCAUCAUGGCAAACGUGAAAGUCGCCGUACGGGUCCGUCCUCUCAAUGCCAGGGAGAGCGCCGAUGGAGGAAAGCUAGCCGUUCAGGUGGACGAUAAAUUAGUCCGGAUCCGAAAUGUGAAGUUGGAUGGGCGUUCAGAGGGAGCGGUAGAUUCCAGGGAGAAGCUUCUGGAGUUUUGUUUUGACUACUGCUACUGGUCGGUGGAGACUGCAGACCCUCACUACGCUUCGCAGGAGGAGGUCUUCCAGGAUCUGGGUGUGUCGGUGCUGGCCGGAGCAUCUGAGGGCUACAAUGUGUGCUUGUUUGCUUACGGCCAAACGGGAUCAGGAAAGACGUACACCAUGAUGGGCACACCGGAGUCCAUUGGAUUGACACCUCGCAUUUGUCAGGGUCUGUUUUGUCCUGAAGACUCUUUCUCUGACGGGCAAAACUCAAGCAGAGUGGAAAUCAGCUUUUUGGAGAUCUACAAUGAGCGUGUAAGAGAUCUACUGAGAGGAGAGCAGAAGAAGCGGACGUCCCUUAGAGUCAGGGAACAUCCUGAGAAGGGGCCAUAUGUUGAAGAUCUUUCACAGCACAUGGUCACCGACUGCAAACAGGCCAUAGACCUUCUGGAGGAAGGCAUCGCUAACCGCAUGACGGCAGCAACCCACAACCACGACACCAGCAGCAGAUCCCAUGCCAUAUUUACUAUUCAGUACACACAGGCAAUACUAGAAAAUAACCUGCCUUCUGAAACGGUCAGCAAAAUUAACCUGGUGGACUUGGCUGGAAGUGAGAGAGCAGACCCGCAGUACUGCCGGGACAGACUGACAGAGGGCUCCAACAUCAACAAGUCACUGGUCACUUUGGGCAUUGUCAUUUCUGCUCUGGCCCAGAACUCCCAGAUGUCGAGCAGCUGUCAGAGCAUCAACAGCGUGGCCUCUGAGGGUGACAGCAGCACGUUGGGCAGUCACAGCAGCUCGCUGUCUGGAGGAGCUGGAGGUGGAAGAAGGCUCUGCUUCAUUCCCUACAGAGACUCAGUCCUGACUUGGCUACUAAAAGACAGUCUGGGUGGCAACUCGAAGACAAUUAUGAUCGCAACGGUGUCGCCCUCUGCUAACAGCUACAACGAGACCCUGAGCACCCUGCGCUAUGCUGCGCACGCCAGGAACAUUGUCAACAAGCCUCGUGUUAAUGAGGACGCAAAUGUGCGGCUCAUCCGGGAGCUGAGAGAAGAGAUCGACAGGUUGAAGAGCAUGCUGCUCAGCUUUGAGUUGCAACGUAAUCCCAGCCCGUCUCUGAGUGACGAGAGAGACGGAAACCUUUCGGAAAUGGUGCUACAAAAUGAGCUAAAGGUGGAGCAGCUGACAAAGGACUGGUCGGAGAGCUGGAGAGACAAGAAGGAGCUGCUGGAGAGAUACAGUGUGGACAUCAACGGAGACCGGGCCGGUUUCCUCAUCAACUCCCUUCAGCCACACCUGGUUUCUCUGGAUAGAGAUGUCCUCAGUACAGGGAUUGUGUUUUAUCACCUCAAGGAAGGAAUCACCCGCAUUGGACCUCAGAAGCAGCAUGAAGAACCACAUAUAGUCGCUCAGGGCAGUUCCCGCUGCGAGAUUGAAAACCACGGGGGUGUGGUAACGCUGCGACCGCUGCCGGGUUGCGUCUGCCUGCUCAACGACAGAGAGGUCACCGAGCCCUGUAGACUGGCUCAAGGGACCGUGAUUACGUUGGGAGGAGCGCAUAAAUUCCGCUUCAACCACCCGGCAGAGGCAGCCAUCCUUCGAGAGCGAAGACGGGUCAGCGAAGGUGGUUCAACGUGCAGCUAUGUUGACUUUUGCUCCCUGACUCCUGACGAUGAUGUGAAAGAACUGAAGCUGGAUUCCACUGAGGAGCUUGCAGUCAGACGGCGCAUGGAGGAGCAGAAGCGCUAUGUGGAGAGUUUGCGUCAGGAGAUUCAGGCAGAGCAGAGGAGGGCCGAAGGAGAGCUGGAUAGAGAGCAGGCCCAGCUCCAGCAGCAGUACUCUGACAUGCAUCAGUGGAUUUUGCAUGAGAAACUCCUUCUGAAAACAGCAGAGGAGCAAGUGAAGCAAGACUCUGGUGUCCAAACUGACCCCUUCCCCGCUCCUCUUCUGGAGAAACUUACAAGUCAGGUGUUCAUUGGUCAGAAGAAUAUUAUCAUUGAAUAUCCUUGCAAGGCAGUGAGGGCCAGGAAGAAAACCGUGCAGGAUGAGCUGAUGAAGCAUCACGCCCUCCGCUGCACUGAGGUUCGUAUCCGUCGGAAAAAGCUGCACUGCCAGCUGCAGAAAAUCGCCAACAAACAGCAUCUGCUGGACGCUAAGAGAGAGUUACAGCAUCUGGAAAGUAAACUUCCUCCUGGACCAAACGUCCAACAGUCUCUAGAGAUGGGCUCACCUUCGAAGCUAGAAAAACAAUCCUUUGUAUCACGAAGACACUCGUUUUCAGUAGAUCUGCUGUCUCGGCUCUACCCACAGCAUACACCUAUCUUUAAGCACUUCCUCAAGAGAAACAAGUCUGUGGAACAAUCUUUAAAUUCAGCAACUACGUCCGAUCCCAUUAGCGGCAGAAAAUGGGUUUCUGAGGAAUAUAUCCCUCGAGGAAGAACCCAAAGUUGCUCAGGCUCCAUCUCCUCUGGACACAAUCAGAAUAAAAUAAACCCUUUCGGAAACACCAGACAAACCGAGGAACCACAGCUUCAACCAUGUUUGGGUCAGCUGGGAAGAAAACCUCUGCUGCCAAACCGAGACAUGUUAUUUAAGAACAAAUUGGGCAAAAAGCCUACAGCUGUAUCAAAAUCACCUCUCAGAGCUGCGUCGCUUCCCGUCUGUAAAGAAAAUCUACAAAUAUCCAAAACAGAUAAAGUGUCUACUGAUGGAAAAGGAGACAACAGUGGAAGUAAAACCAUCAGCAGAUCAUUGUCUCAUUUUGUAGGGCCCAGGAUAAAAACGGCUCUAUCAAAAGUUUUCAGAAAAUCACCAUCAGGUGUAAAGGGACGGAGAGUUCUUAAGCCUCUGGGGAGGAUUGCAGGUAAAUUCCCUUGGAGACGAAGAGUAGACAAGAGCCUGAAAGGUUCUUCAGCUAAUCAGAAUGGUACCAUCAAAGCAACUGUGUCAUGCGAGGAGCUUGAUCAGAGGAAUCUGUUUGAUAGCCACAAACAGAGACGCUGGCAUAGCACCGAGGCACUGACGAAUAAGAGCAACGGAUGUGUAGAAGGCCAUCCAAAACUGUUUGGAUGGUUUGAAGAGCAAGGGGAAGGGGAUGAAGCAACAUCAGACUGCGAGAGCCUUUUCUCUCUCGACUCUCUGUCCUCUGCUUACGCAGCCGCUCUGGCUGAGCAUUUGACACGUGAAGAUUCGGCUCCGAGUGAAGCAGAAAGCAACGACAGCGAAAUGUCUAAAGAUUCUUUAACCGUGGAGAAUGGCUGGAAAUUCUCAGUGGUUAAAAAGCGCAAACAAGCAGCAAUUGAAACUUACUCGCGAGUAACAGAUUCCGUAACCGCAGCAGAGGCGCAUUUGAGUCGUGAUGCUACAAGGAAAUCCCCAAAUCAGAGCUCAUUAGAAGCCGCCAGUGUGCACAAAUUGAUUGAGGAUUUCAGGAACCUGCAGACCGGCAGCUGCAGUGUCAAACCGCCAGAAAACUUGCUGGCUCUUGCUGAUGUUUGGUCCUCUGCAGAUACGACUGAAAGCCAGAGGACUGAUGGGGUUUCUCUGCCUUUACCAAGAAAAGUUUUGCUCUUGAAUGCAGACAGUAACAGCAGCAGCCCUAGUCCAGUUAGCGGGAAUCUGUCAGACUCACACAGUGAAUCUAGAUGUUUUAAAUCUGAGGCUUUAAAUAGUUCAGAGUUCAAUCAGCGCCCUGUAGGGUUGAGAGACUCUGGUGCUUUUGGAGCUUUAAAAAAUGUCUUGACAUUAGGAAACUGUGAAGAGUUCCCAACGGAUCGGUUUGGAGAAAUCAAUACAACGACCUUUAAAACUUCUCUAGAAUCUGUACAUCAAACUAUUUGCAUGUCACAAAAAGACAUUCUCCAAGCAACAUCAGACACAUUUCACGAACCUACAGAUGCUGUGUCUGCACUGUGUGGCUCAAGUUUUCCAUCCGACGACAGACCCGAUCCUUUAAAUCCGUUUCAACCCUCAAUUGACAAAGAAGCAACAGAUGUAGGUGUUGAAAAUGUCCGAGAUUUACAGCUAAAUUAUUUUAGGAACCCAGAGGAUAGAUCAGUUAAAUGGGAGGAAACCAAAAGCAAAGAGCUGUCCGUUGCUCCCCAGCAGGAAGUUGUUAAAUUGGCCUGUAAAAGUUCCAGGAAAAGGAACAAAGAGCACCGGAGUGCUUUUAUAGGCUGCCUGAAAAUUCCAAAAAGGAGCGACAGCGGGGAGUUGGACACUUUCUCCUCGGCACCAGGUGACGGCUUGGAAGGUGUUUGGUCUGAUGACGAUAACAGCAGCAGUGACUCCAAAGGGGAGUCGAACAGCCAAGGAUUUCACUCUUCUUCUGUUGAUGGCUGUGAUAAACAACAUUCGGUUGCUUCAGAUUCAAGGCCAGUUUCUGAUCUUCAGAACAUCAAACUUGAACCAAGCAGCCAAAUCUUCGAGGACAAGAGUUCUCAGUAUGAAGCCGCUGUUGGAGAUAAUGAGUGUGUGAGAAGGGGAGAUGUAAUAGCAAAUAAAGAUUUUGAAGUAACAGAAAGGGUUAAGUACGACACUGAUACUGACAGGAAACAUCAAGAAAAAGCAAAGCACGUAUGCAGGUCGGAAGCCAUAUGCAGCGCUAUUGAUCUGAGAAUCUCUGAAGUGAUAAAAGAGCAUGUAGAUUCGUCGGGAGGGAUGAACAAAAGUCACAGUCUGUGUAUUUUGCCAUCGUCUGCAUGUCAUUUUAGCUCUGAUUGUAAUGAAUGUAGAUGGAUGCAUGACCAGCAGAAAGAUGAGAGGAGUGAAGAUGUGAAAGAAGGAAAAAUAUGUGCCGAUGUGCAUGCAUUAAUCACAGCUGAGCAUUUGGGAUCACAUAUGAAACAGAGUCAUGAAGGCCUAGGAAACCCAAAGGGGGAAAAUGCUCUACCUCAAAAAGUAACAGACGAAGCUUCACCCAAAGUAACCUAUGCCCCUGAUAUGAUCACCAGUAACAUUUACUCAAAUAAAGAUUCUGAUCAUUUUAAUUCUGAUCUCAUUCCUCAACUCCAAACUCAACACUUAAGACAGCAGCUUCACAAAUGUAUCCAUGACACAGCUUCCGCCUUGACCCACGCAAAUUUGAAGUAUCUCUCAUCUGUUUCAGACGAUGUCAGUAAAAACUUCAUAACCGAUGGUGUAAAAACAAGCAGUCAUUCACCUGAACAAAGCUCACCACACAAGAUUAAGGUAUUUAGAACCAAUGUUGAUCAGUCUGCAGCAGAAUUCUUAACUCAUCAGGUAAAAGCAGUCAAUGACCUCUGCAGUCAAAUCAAACUUUCUCCUACCCAUGGAGAAAAUGUUGAACUCUACCACAAAGCUGGAAGCAAGCCUCUCACAACACAGGAUCAGCUAAAUUGUCAACAGAUAUGUACACAGAACAUAGCUCAGACUUCUGUUGGUGGUAUCAAUUCAAAUGCCAAAUGUCCAAAUUCACAGAGCAACUUCAACAAAAAUCAUCAAAUAAACAACAAAGAGUUUUGUGUGGCAAACAAUGAUAAAGGGGUUGAGACUUUUUCUUUCGAUCCAAAGGAUGAAAUAUGCGUGCAGGAGUUGAACGCUAAAAAGAUUCCCUCUGGUAAAGAUCUAAAAACAUCACAAGCAGGUUCUUCCGUAAUGUCCAAAGAGGCAACCAUAACCAUAAACACAACUGUCACACCAGAUAAUCUUGCUCUUAGGAAGAAAAAAACAAAGCGGUUCAGAAAGUCUGAUGUCAAAACUCGUCCUGCUUCUUUCUCUGAUUCUUCUCUCAAGUCAUCGGAUGAAGAUGACGAGGAGAAGCAAGGGAAUAGGAGGCAUUAUUGCUGGCUGCUAGGAAGACCUAGCAAUGAAGAAAGUCUUGUUUCUCUUUCUACAAGUAAAUGUAAGACAGAAAUCCUUAAAGGGAAUUAUGGUGAAAAUAAAGAAUUUAAGAUGGAUUACAUUCCACCAAGGCACUCUUUACCGCUCCAUACUGCAUCCCAAAGGGUGGAUGCAGAAAAAAGCCACCUGAACGAAAAGCAAAGUGAAGCACAGCACACACCACAUUGUCAGGGCUCACCCAUCCAUUUUGCAUCCAGUGACAUCAACCCCUUUGUCCACCAGUGGCAACACAGCGACUCAAACCAACACUGCUACAAGACCCCUGUGUUUGGAAGUGCCGCUGACCUAUCUAUUAAAUCUCCUCUCUUGAACAGCUCUGAGAAACGCCUGGUAAGAUGCUCCAGUGCUGACAACGGCUUGAAUGGGCUGAAUUCUCCUUUUAACUCUCACCUGAGUACGUACGCCACCAACAAGGGGCUCUCCAGUACCCUCAGUAGCAUUGAGGAUUAUAGAGAGAGAGUUGCUACACAGCACAAGAAAGCACAGGCAGAGACAUGCAGUCAGGCAGUAAACGCUUCCGGUAAUGACGUUGCCGGUUCUGGUGUCAAUUCAAGUCAGGUCAAUGAAAUCAUGCUCGUUUACUCAUCCGAGCAAGAGUCAAAGACGAGCAAAAUGCAGCUGCAAAGGAGAAAGAUGCGUGAACACGGUUCUCAAACCGAAUCUAGGCUUGGCACAAUCAGUAACAGCAGUCUAAAGAGGAAAGAUCGCCACAAAAGAAGCAACACUGAUGUUCCUUUGUCCCAGAGGAGCAAAGUGGAUAUUAAAAAAUCCUCAACGUGGGCAAGUAUGGAAACCAUGUCUGCUCAUCUCUCCAAGCUUAUCGACAGUACUUCAGACCUGCUGGGAGAUGUCCAGGGGAUGAGGACGGGUGAGGUGAGCAAAUCCAGUCCUAGGAGUAGCAACUCAUCACAUCGUAGCUUGUUAUGCAGUGAUUCGCAUGGAUGUAGCAAGAAAGACCGCUCAGUUCAAACAGCCUUAGACGUCGGAAUCCAGACGGAGGAGCUGGUGAAUGCAAUGAGCGGCAAGCCUGCUGGUAAUGAAACACUCAGAGAGAAGGCUAAAUCUUAUGAAGUUAAGGUGAUUGUGAAAGUGAUUGGUCCUGAAGACAAGAGUACGCACAGAGUGGUUAAAAAAGAUGCUGAGACAAUGCAAAACUUCAAUGUCUCUGUUGCACCUCAGUCAGAUAAUGACCCUCAGAUAUUGGCGUUCACAAAGACAGCAGCAAGUUAUCACAGGCGUGCAAAAUCUGCUUCCUCUCAGGCCUCGAAGCAAAGCACUCUUGAGGAAUCAAGCCGCAGAAAUGUUGCAGUCACCUCCAGAUCAUCAAGAAAGUGCUUUCAAGAAAACCACAGCGUGUCGUUAACAAGCAAUCCAACUGGCUUUAUCAAAAAACAAGCAACAUUUACAGACCGUGCCUCAUCUCCCAUUGUUACUGUGGGAACUAGAUUAGGUUCAAGGCAGAGCGGAAAACAAUCAGUACACUGUCAACCAAAAUAUAGGAAUCAGCAAACAAGCCAUUCCUCUAAGGAGGGCACACCUGCAGUUCCUUCUGCUGAAAAUGCUAAACAGUGUUUAGAUGCUUUUUCCACUAAAUCAGAAACUAUAUCUCUUGAGAGAGUGAGUGAAAUGAGUUGUUCAAAUCCUCAAGACGUCUGUACGAGUUCUUCAAGUUUUAGGUCACCAUCGGAUAUAGACGCAGACAUUGUGAAGAGAAAAGUGACCUGCGAAGAAGAAGACAACCACAGGACCCUCUCAGAGAGGCACAACCACUUUUUUCCUACCGUGAGACAAGCAGUUGCGCAUGAGUGGCAAGGGCAAGAAUCCAAUUUCACAAGUGCUUCCGGAGAUGUUUGCAUUGAUAUUGGCCAUUUAUCACCCUUCAGUGACUGUAGAAAUCAACUGAAAGAGGAUGACACGGUAUCACUGGCACACAGUGAGUGCGGUACAGAAGUUCUUGUGAACACCGAAGUUGCAACAAGUGUUUCUCCUUGGGAUGACCAUCAGAUAGUCCCAGACGACCUGCCCGUACACAACAAGUUCACCAACUGGUCAGGAGUUGGCCAGAAUCAACAGCCACGAUGCUCAAACAAAGACGACAGAAACCGUGCUGAAUGGGACGAUAUGGACAGCACGGGUUCAAACCUGGAUGUUGUGGCACAAAAUGACAGAAUAUCCCGAGAGAUACUGAAUCUGCGACGGGAGAGAGAGCGAGUGAUGGCGAGCGUCAACCUCAGUACGAGCCUGACGCCUUUGACUGUGGAGCUGACGGAGGCUAAGCUUCACUACGGCCUGGGAGAGACGGAUGCGUUGUUAAAGAUGCUGUCCCAAAGGUCCAAAGAGGAACUGCAGCCGCUGACCUCCGCUGCAUCCAAACAGGAGCUGUAUGACAGGCACCGCCAGAGCAUCGAGGCUUUAAGGCGGGAGAGGGAAGAGCGCCUCCAGACUUACAGAAGAGCUCGCAGUCUGAGCCCCAGCAAACAUCCCCCGCCACAGGAAGCUGAUCCCACACGCAACCACCGCAAAGAAUACCAUCGACGACAAGAAGUCACUAGUUUACCGGAACCUACAAGAGAAGCGGGACAGUGCCCACCAGACAUUGAGCAGCUGCUGCGAGACUACAGCCGAGCCCGGGAAGAAGCCAAGACGGAGAUCGCUAAGGCUCGAGAACGGCUGAGAGAGCGGACUGAGCUGGAGAAACAAAGGAUACAGCAGCAGACUCUGUCUCAGGGAAUAAAGGACGACCUGAAGCAUCGGACGAUAAUCAGCAACAGCACUUUGUGCACAGGAUCCAGUCUCAGUCUUUCCUCUGGACCAACAUCUGGAUACAACAGUGGGAACACUACUCAGCCACAGCUAUGCAACAGAGCAGCAUUAAAUCAACAGAUUGUUGGGGUCCAGGGUGAGGGGUUGAAGCUAAGGACACGGCCUCCCGUCUGCGGUUUUCAGAGUGUGAAAACAAAACAAUCAUGGCUGUCAGCUCUGGAUGUUCGGCUUGAGCUUCCCAUUAGCAGCUUUGAGCCAUUGAUGACUUCCUCUCCAUCGCCCCCUGUUGUUGCACGUCAGCGCACUGCUUCCUUUGGCUCAGUCACCUCCAUAUCUACAGCACAUCAAGACUUCACUUCAACCCUCGUCUGUCAGGCUCUGGCUGAGGUCCGACUGGCUUCUUUUGGGGAUUUGGGCAACUUUUUGAGGGGCAAAGCUUCUGCGGGGUGGAGUCACCAAGGGGAAGAACGAGGAAUUCAGGCAUACUACAAAUCUUCUUCCAGUCCCUCUGUCCAUGGUUUUCUUGGGGUUGGGGAGGUGAAAAGACCCCUGGACAGUUUGUGGAACGUAAUCAGCCAGAUGUCCAAGAGCCACUUGUAUAACCAGUCGGUUCGUUCUGUGUGGACACGACCACUAGAUGACAGCACUCAGCUGGUUUACAUCCUAACAGACCCGUCCGCCUGCCACCUCACCCAGCCGCGGGACUUCUGCUGCAUCAGCACUCAGUCUAAGCAGGGUGGUCUGCGUGUGCUGGCUGUGCAGUCUGUGUUCGAGGAGUCCCUCCCCCGGCCGAGCGUUGAUGCCGUCCGGGCGGAGAUGCUGCCCAGCUGCUGGAUCCUGCAACCAGUCGUACGUGGGGGACAGGAGCUGACCAGAGUCGUUUACUUGCUGCAGGUCGACCUCGGAACGCCAUCUUUUCCUCAGCGGCUCUUGAACACAGUUGCCAGGAGACAGGCAGCCGUCAUCGCCGAUCUCGAUGUUUUCCUCGCGCCAUAAAACCCGCCAGAAGUGAGGACUUUGACUAGACUGUCACCAGCAGGGAGUUCUACAUGUGAAUUUGCACCUGGAUCUUAUUUACUUGACUUCUUUGUUUCAAAAGGCACUGUCAUGUUCCUGACAAAAAGUUGUAGCAGCUUUGUUUUUUUUAAAUGAAUUUUUAAAAAAUAUAUAAAAUAUUGAUAUUUUUUAUAUUUGUAUAUGAAUGCUUUUAACAAUCUGUUCCACCAAAGAUGCAUCAAGUGCUUAACCUUAUGCUGCUUUAAUGUUUCAUUUAUGUCUGCAUUUCUUUCGGGGAUUAAAAUUACAAUCACUUAGGAACAGCUGCAGCUUUAACAAUACUGUAGACCAAAAUAAAAUUGUUAGGGAUUUUAGAAACUUUUAUUCACAUUAAUUUCAUAUGCACUGGGUGUCACAUGCAAUCUUUGUGUUUUAUUUAAUAAUUUUUGAUAAUUGGUUGAUAGACAAGGCAGAUUUUGUUUCUGUACCUCUGUACACACGUGCUAAUACUUCCACAUGUGCCUCUUAGGACAAAAAUAACCAAAGGAAAACCUUUUCUCAAACAUUCCCUCUGAAAUUUCUAUUUCUUCAAGCAACGCAUACGUUUUACAUAAGUGUCCUUCACUUUAGCUAAGAAUUGAUUUGAAAUGCUUUGCUGCAACAGUUGGAAGGCACAUACUGUACAUGCUUGGUGUUAGACAGCGGCGCUAUGCGGUUAACAGACAAACACCUCCUGGAGGAAUGAAAAGAAAUUGCCACUCAGGAGCUUUCAAAUGUGCUGUGUUUAUCUGUAAGAGCACUGAGAAGGCUAACCAGCUCUCUGCAGGAAGCUACAAGGAAAAUGUUGGAAACUGAUUUGGAUGUAAUAAAUGUGAGGGCCACUGCGAGCAGAUGAACAAUUAAACUGAAAAACUCUUGCGCUUGAAACCAGCUGUAGAGGUUUGCAAAACGUCGACAGGCUCUAGAAGUGGUGCUCUCUCAUUUUACUCUAUCGCCUCUGCAAGAAGGGAGUUUAUUUUAUGACUCCUUGUUUCUAAAGUCUGUGUUUUUUUAAAUGUGUUUUAUAGUUGUAUUGCUUCUUUUAAUGAGCGUAGCACAAUGCUGUGUUUUACAGCUGCAUGCAAAUGUUACACAUUUAUUAACAUUCCAGGUGAAAAGGUGACUUUGUUUGCGCAGUCUUCAGGUGCUGUCCAGGUCAGCUGUAUCCACAUGUGAGGCCAUAAUAUUUAAUUGAAGGUUCAGGAAGCUUUCUUGGCUCACAGUCUCAUAGCAACCAAAGUAAUGGAACUCAGAGAAAAAUUUUGUUCUGAAAUAUAUUUUUAUGUGUAAAUAUUUCCCAGUGUCAUUCUUUUUGUGAAAACUUAUUUAUAUUUAGGUAAUCUGUUGUACAGUUGUUGUUUUUUUGCAAUCUAUGCGAUGUUUUUGGUCACUAAUUAUCUAUUGUUCCCUUUUAUUUUGACAGUUUUUGUAUUCAAACAAUAAAUAUUUGUAACUGA